AUGGCAUCCUACUAUCCUGAAGGCGAGUGCUACUUUGUUAGAAGCUCCCUCAGACUACCCAACAAUUGGAAUGCCAAUAACAGACAACACUUCUACAGCCAUAUCCUAGUAGAGUACUACUGGAAUGGCUGGACCGCGACUGGCACCCAAAGCAGGUUUCAUCCAAGAUCUGAAUGGAGACAAGGAACCGCUCAAGGUCUUCACAAUACGCGUUACGGCGAUUGGGACAGAUUCUGGGUGGGUGAAAGUAGAGACAGGAGCCCUGCCAAUAUGCUUGCCAUGCACAGCCACCCCAACAGUCUCAACUGGAAUGAAUGCCGUGAUCACAAUAAUGGCGCACCACGCAAGUACAUCCUACGUCCCAUUCAAAUCCAGCACAGGAAUACAGAGUGGCUUUGGAUCGACGCUACAGUCCCUCUCAGAGCCAUCUACUUCCCUGUCGCCCAUCAGACGGACCAGGCGUUCUCCAACCUGUGUACCUACGUCGUAAUCGACUUUAGACACAGAGAGCAGGUCCAAUUGAUAGACAUACACGGCCGGUCAUCCGUCGUUAUUAAUACGACGUCGCACGGCGGUCUUGGUCGAUCAGAUCAUUUUACCUGGGGCUUCCACAUCCCAGACAUCAUUGCCUACCUUACUAUACCCCACAAACUUCGCAAUCCAGACUAUCGACUGUUCAACUCCAAGAACCGACGCGAUGAUUUGGUUGUGUUUGCUCCCUCGUCGCUCGCCUGGAGAAGCAACAGUUCGGUCAUACGCCACCCCGAUUUCUUCCGCGAGAUUGACUUUGCCAAUGUCCUCAGCGCAACCUUUGGAGUCGAGGUUGGCUGGCGGCCUUAUGAGCCAUCCAACUUCCUCAGAAACUUGAUCAUCGAUCUUGUCAACCUCGGUCUCGGUUUCAUUCCAGGCGUCGGGCCCCUUCUCUCUGUUGCGUUCGGUAUAGCCGUGCAGCUGCUCGAGGAUCCCGAUUCUUUCAGACUUGAAAAUAUUCUCGAGCUCAACCAGGCGGCCAUGGAUAAUGUGACUAGAUCCGCGCCCAGGCACCAGAAGUACCUUGCACCUGGUUUCAUGGGUAAAGGGCGCGGUCGCCAGGCACCGGUUACCCUGAGCGAUGAUGAGCGGGCUAGUCGACAGAAGUAUGGCGAGGAGUUGAAUGAGAAGCUUACCAAUGAGCUGAAGCCACAGACGGUGAUUCGGUCUUUGUUGGAGCGGGAGUUGUUAUUGUAUGGGGCUGAUAGUAUGAAAGGUGUCAAGGAAGAUGAACAAGCCGAGAUCGAGACGGUCCCAGUCGAUGGUGCGGAGGAGAACAAGGAGAUCGAAGGAGGAGAUGACGACAAGGAGGUUGAAGGCGAGAGUGAGGACAAGAAAGACGAGUGA